ACGCUGCGAAAGAGCGACAGCCAUUCAGCCAGCUACGCAGUUGUUUGUAUUAUCGGAUUUGUUGGAAUUUUCCACUACGGAGUUUGUUUAGAGUAAAGUUAGAACAUUGGUCUGUGGACUAGCCGACACUAAUACCACUCCAGAUCGGGGUUAACUUUUCGAGAUGCUCCACGAACCCUAAUCUGGUUUAGUGUCGUAGUUUAUUCGCUUUUUUGUGUCUGUUAGGAGUUGAUGGGGUUAACAGUAGGCUAACCGACUUAGCAUUGACAUUAGCUUCAGGAGUUUAGUGUACGUUUAUCGUCUUUUAUUGUAAUGGAAUAUCUCGGAGGGGGUGGAGUGACCGGAGGAGUGGUGGUGAGCGGCGGAAACGUGCCAGCCUUCUUAACGAAGCUGUGGACCCUGGUAGAAGACCCGGAGACCGACCCUCUUAUCUGCUGGAGCCCGAGUGGAACCAGCUUCCAUGUGUUUGAUCAGGCUCGCUUCUCUAAAGAGGUUCUACCAAAGUUCUUCAAACACAACAACAUGGCAAGCUUCAUCCGACAGCUCAAUAUGUAUGGUUUCCGUAAGGUGGUGCACAUUGAGCAGGGUGGUUUGCUGAAACCCGAGAGAGACGACACAGAGUUCCAGCACCCGUUCUUCAUCAGAGGACAAGAACACCUGCUGGAGAACAUCAAAAGAAAAGUCACAAAUGUCGCAUCGGUCCGUCAAGAGGAAGUGAAAAUUUCUACAGACGAGGUCAACAAAAUCUUAAACGACGUCCAUCUGAUGAAGGGAAAACAGGAAACCAUCGACUCCAGGAUCCUCUCCAUGAAACAUGAGAACGAGGCUUUGUGGAGGGAAGUGGCCAGCCUGAGACAAAAACACGUGCAGCAGCAGAAAGUUGUCAACAAGUUGAUCCAGUUUCUGGUGUCUCUUGUCCAGACCAACAGGAUCAUGGGAGUCAAACGGAAGAUUCCUCUGAUGCUUAAUGAUUCCAGUUCUACACACUCCAUGCCCAAAUACAGCCGACCUUUCACCUUGGAGCACAUUCAGAAUGCAGCCGGUCUCCUCUCAGCUGACUCUCCGCUGAACUCUGGGCCUGUCAUCUCUGACAUCACAGAGGUCGCCACGUCCACCCCAGAAGAAGCAGUUGCUGAUUGGACGGAUCUUGAAGAGAACCAGUCAGCCUUUAUCAAAGAGGAACCAUCUAGUCCUGAGGUGGAGGAAUCUCCUGCUCUGGAGGUGUCUCCUAUUCUGGAGGUGGAACAGGACACGCUUUCAUCCAAUGCAGACACGCCUUUGUCCCCCACUGCCUUCAUCAACUCCAUCCUCCAGGACAGCGAGACUCAGCCAACGCAGGUCUCCGUCUCCACCACAGCCACCCCCACGCCGGCCAGUCCUGUUGUGCUGAGCCCUGCCUCCCCCGAGCCCCCUGCGCCAGCUCCUACCAUCCAGUCCCCCACCCCCGUUUCCAGCUCAGACGCUGCCCCCUGCUCCACCACACCUCAGAAGAAAUGUCAAACCAUCGCCUGUCUCGACAGGUUCCCCCUCCCAUCCUCUGCAGGUGGACUCCCACCUGACGCUUGGCGCAUCGUAUCCAAACUUCCUGACAAGUAUGAACUGUCUGACCACGUGGACAGCAUUGACAACGGCUUAGAAAAUCUACAGAAUAUUUUGAACUCGCAGACCUUCACCUUUGAUCCGUCUCCGCUCAUGGAAUUUUUCAGCUCCUCCUGUCCCUCUGGAGACUUUGACAUCGAUAGCCUGGAUAAUCUUCUGUCUGACGAGGCCCCUAAAGAAAGCGAAGGCAGCACAGGGAAGCAGUUAGUGCAUUACACAGCCACGCCUGUUCAAGUUACUGAACCACUUAGCCUGGAGGAGGGUGGGGGCGACCUGCCAUCGCUCCUGGAGUUGGAGGCGGAGCCUUUGUUCAGCUCUGACACGCCCACCGACAACCCGGCUGAUAUCCUGCUGAGCCAGACCCAACUGGACUCCAACCUCUGAUAUCUUGGAGAAUGUAAUGACUUCUCAGUAACCAUAGCAACAGGACUUUCAGCAUCGGCUGUGGCAGCAAUAGAUGAUGAGGAAAUGGGAUCGGUUGUAGAUCAGUCAUUAGGUCAAAGGUCUUGUUUUUAUCACACCAAUGUUAUUGAUUGAUAUUAAUUCUUUUUUUUUAUUUUAGUCUUUAUUUAGUGUUUAGUGCCUCAGUCUGACCUUUUGUUUGUUGCUUGUUUCAAAACAAAAGACAAAAAAAAAAAAGCUACAGAAGCUCUUGGAGGGCCAGGGUCACACGUAUCCCCGUGGUUCUGUUCAGGGCAGAUCUGAAGAUGGUCACUGUAUGAAUGAUGUCAUAGAACCCGGAAGUCGGGGUCAUGUGACCCUGGUCAGCUUUUCUCUGCAUGUCAAAAUCAGGUUUGAUUUUUUUGUUUUCACUCGUAAAAUGUAAACAUGAAGAAGGAAAUCGAGUAUUUUUGAAAAGUUUUACUACAAAGUGUUUAUCCUCCUCCUGAUAUACCAGUUUCCAUGGAAACGGAAGAUAGCAAUGCAUUGAUUUAGUCUGUUUUCGGGGCUUUUCUUACUCGCAUUCAGUUGUGUGUUCCUCAGAUGCUUUAGCUGGAUUUGGAAGAGACAGAUUCCCGACGAUAUCCUUGACUCGGCUCUAACAGCUGGAGAACUGAGAGAAACUUCCAAAACCCAGGUCACCGAAGCUUGAGCUGAUCAGAUAAAUGGAACUGUGCUAACAUGAAUUUGGCUGUAUUUUCAGCAGCUACGUGCACACAUCUGACACCAGAAAUGCUAGAUAUUGUACCAGAACUCUGGGUCAUUUCUGUGUAACAGUAGAUACGUUAGGUGUUCAGAACUACAGGUUUGUCGCAAAAAUCACUUCAGGACAUCAGGUGUCGUGUUUCAGUUUUAUGAGACAUUUUAAGACAACUUUGAUUUAAACAAAGAAGAAUUUAAACUUCCAAGUUUUCUGAUUUUAUUCCUCUGAAAAGCUACAUUCUGUCUGCUUUGUUUGCUGCAGCUGGAGGCUGCUGUUGUCUGAUAACAGUUUUUGCACGUAUUACUCUGUUAACAUGGAUGUGUUUUUACUCUAUUAUUAUUUUUUUUCAGAAACACAUUUCAAACUUCCACAAGUUUUAUUCUACGACAGUAAGGAGACUCCUGAUGUCCUAAAGUUGUCCCAUUUUUCAGAUAACCCACAGGUUUGUUAGCUGCUGUACAAACACGUUCUGCAGUGUAAAAGUCUUUCAUCUACAUUUUGUUUAUCAAUUUAUAUUCAAAGAAAUUACUCAAGGAAAAGCCAUUUAUUUAAUGUGAGCUCAAAUGACCGCUGUCUACACGCCAGUGAGAGGAGGGUCGUCAGAAACCAACGUUGGUCCGAGUUUUUUGAUUUGCUAAAGUUUGGUUCAAUAAAACAUCUUUAAACAGC